AUGAAAACCUCAACACUCAUGACACUGGCCAUUGCGGCUGCUGGCUUUAUCGGCGUUAACGGACAGAAGAAGGGUGAGCAGUUGCCCACCAAGGAGCCCGUCCUGAACGAACAAACUUCUCAGGGCUGCUGGAAGUCCGUUGGAAACAUGACAGUGGAAUUGUCUGCACCGACAGUGACGAGUGGAAAGUGUUUCAAUCUUUGCAAAAAGAACUAUCUGGUGUUUGCUUUGCAGGGUUCCAAGUGCUAUUGUGGUAUGGUUUACCCCGAAGAAGGUGAUCUAGUGGACGACGACAAAUGCAACUGGCCAUGCCCUGGUUACCCUUACGAGGCUUGUGGCGCUUUGAAAACCUACUACUCAGUUUUCAACACAGGCGUGGAACUGGCCCCCGACAACUACGUGCCCGAGAAGUCGACAACAAGUGCUGCCCCUUCAUCCACCAAGGCUGCUGAGAGCACUGCGGCUGAUGAAACUUCUGCUGCAACACAAACCCAAGACGCCGCGACUACUUCAGAAGCCUCUUCUGACACCAAGAAAGAUGGCCCCAACGUGGGUGCCAUCGCCGCUGGAGUUGUUGUUGGUGUGGUGGUGAUUGCCGCCAUUGGAGGUGGAGCCAUUUUCUUCGUCCGUCGCCGACGCAACGCUGAGAUAGAGGAGGAGCAUCGUCGAAACGCCGCCGUGAACGCUUUUAUAAACGGUUCCAAGCCUCCCGGCAGCAGUGGUAGCAUCUCUAUGACCGAUUCUCGUCUUGAUCCAGUUAUGGCUCACCGACGACUCAGCGACGGCAGCAUCGCUGAUAACCAAGAUUACUCUCGAAGAAUUUUACGGGUCACCAACGCAUAA